AUGAUUAAAGCGACGAAGUGCUUUGCGAAGUUAAGUAUCGGUCGCCGUCUGACUGUCCCCGCUGCUCGUCAGUCCAUGUAUACCACAUCCGCGCCACGCGUAGCAGUCCUAUACCAAGAACUCGAUCCACCAUUGAUCAAUGGGGUGCGCAAGCCCAAGAAGCCCGGAGGCUACAUCGACUCCAGCGCAGACAUCGCCCACGCACUAACCCACCAACACCACAGCCCCAUCACCGUCGUCACACCCGUCUCAACUCCAGACCCGCGCAACGAUGCAGACUGGUGCUUUGGCGAUUCCGAGGCCGGAGUUACGCGUGCGCUGGAGAAGGGGGCGACGCAUCUCUGGGCUAACACUAUACUCUUCGCGGAGCAUCCGCUUCAGACGGCAGACAGCUUGACAAGCGUGGCUGAGAAGCUGAUGAUCGUUGGACAGCCCCCCAAGCUGGUCGAACAGUGCGAUGAUAAAGCAUUCGUUAACAAUCUUCUUCGUGCUCGUGGUGGGUUUACGCUGCCGUAUUCACACGACGUUCACGAUGAGGAAGAUCUUGCGGCAGUGCUCCGGGCGGAUCUUCGCUAUCCCGUUGUCGCUAAGCCGGUUAGAGGACGAGGAAGCCACGGAGUGAGAGUUUGUCGCUCCGAAGAGGAACUGAUCGAACAUUGCCGCGAUUUACUGGGAGAGGAUGCGUACGUGAUCGUCGAAGACUUUCUUGCGGGUCAGGAAGUCACUGUUACUAACAUGACAGGUCCUGGUAGACCUGGCAGAGAGAACCAAGCUAGCCUCACGGCACUGGCUGCUGCUGGCUUGGGAUGGGACUAUCCAACUCUGCUGUUGAAGAUACUUGAGUCGAGCAGUUCGCUGCGUGAUCUGAGGAACGCCACGCCGUCGCAUGUCGAUCGCAAGUGA